AUGGCGGAGGACACGGCGGUCAUGGCUAUGGGGGUUAUGGAUAUGGUCGUGAUUAUAACUACUAUGUAUGGUAGCCAUGGCGGAAGACGCAGUAGUUAUUGGUAUGAUGGUUAUGAGUAUAGUGACUCCGAUGGAGGGCAUAGUGAAUAUGGGCAAAAUGGCUACGGAGGAAGGUAUGGUGGCUAUGUUGAAUACAAGCCAUGGAAGCUUACAAUUUUUAACUUAGCUCAAGGAAUCACGAUAUUAUCCUACGCAGACCCGUUGCGUGUGGCCCUGCUCGCUAUGGUAGCGAUGGCUAUGGUGUCGAUGGUGAUGGCCCACCCUGAACCUGGCUAUGGUCAUGGUGGCUACGGGUAUGGUGGCCACGGCGGAGGACAUGGUGGCUAUGGAUAUGGUGGCCAUGGCGGAGGUCAUGGUGGAUAUGGUGGCUACGGCCAUGGUGGAGGACACGAGGCACCAUUUUAUAACCUCAAGAAGAUGCAGAAGGGGAUAAUAAAACACACUGUACAGAUUAUGAGAUUUUAG